UCUAAAAUUCAUCAAGGAUUCAAGGUCAAUACUAAAUUCCAAGACGUUAUUAGACCAACAUCUAAUAACGCAAUAUUCAACUCAUUAGUAAGCUAUUUUAAAAAGGAGUAAAGAGACCUAUACAGUCGGGGCCGAGAAAAAGUGGACUAAAAUGUCCGUUGAAGAGAUCUCAGACGAGAUCGCAGAUCGCCUCAAAAUCUCCGAAGGGGAGGACAGCAAGUCUCAGUCUCAAGAAGGAACACCACAACAACCUUCAUCACAAAAUGCCCCAACAAUAGCACCACUAGUCAUGUUCCCGGCACUCUCACCCGGCCGGGCCAUGACCGAAAGAAAAACAGUCGACGAGGUCGUCGCCGAGCUAAAGAAGACCCCAUUCUUCAUGACGGAGCUCGAAGAAAACGACGACACCGAAGCCCUCAAAGCGCUCGCGUACGAGGGAACCCCCUUCGAAGUGGCCUCGGAAUUCAAGGAAAGCGGGAACGAAUGCUUCCGCGUAAAGCGGUGGGCCGACGCCAAGGAGUUCUACACGAAAGGCGUGCUGGUGCUCGCGGCCGAGGAGCGCAAGCGCGCGAAGGGAGAGCCGCAGGACCCCGACGUCGUGGUUACGGAAGACGAUAUCAAGGCGCAGAGAGGCGUGCUCGAGUCCCUGUACGUCAACCGCGCGGCGUGCCACCUCGAGCUGCGGAACUACCGCAGCUGCUGGCUCGACGGCGCCGCGGCCCUGCGUCUUAACCCUAAGAACGUAAAAGCGUAUUACCGCUCCGCACGGGCGUUCCUGGCUGUUGGCCGGAUCGAAGAGGCGGAUGAUGCGUGUGCGAGGGGGCUGGAGAUUGAUGAGGGGAAUAAGCCGUUGAAGGGAGUAGCGCAGGACAUCGUCACGAAACACGGCGAAAUCACGGCGAAGCAGAAAAAGGAGAGCGAGAGGCUUGCGAAAGAGAAGAGGAGAGAAACCCUCGUGAAAGCGUCUCUGCAGGCGCGGUUUAUCAAGACCAGGACUACGGCGCAGCCGCCUGAGAUGGAGGACGCGAAGUUACAGUUGGUGCCGGACCCGGACGAUCCGCGGAGCUCGCUGAGCUUCCCGACGGUGCUGCUGUACCCGGCGCAUUUGCAGUCGGAUUUCGUGAAGGCGUUUAAUGAGAUGGAUACCCUGGCCGAUCAUCUGGCGUAUAUUUUCCCAUUGCCGUGGGAUACGGCGCAGGAGUAUACGCUUGCGGGCGUGGAGUGCUACAUGGAGACGCUGACUGGCGGGUUGGUUAAGGUCGGGAAGAAAGUACCGCUGCUGAAGGCCCUGUCUGGGAAUGUGGAGGUUGUGGAUGAGGUGGUUAGGCUUUUUGUGCUUCCGAAGGCGAAGGCGGCGGCUUGGAUACAGGAAUUCAAGAUAAAGAAAAUGGCGGAGAAGGGGGGUGGUUAGGAACAGAUGUCAACGUAGAUAAAUGGAAAUACAACCAGAG